GUGCUCUGAUGAAGAUAAAUCUGUUGGCAUGUGUGGAGAUGUCCAGUCAAAGCAAACUCCAGAAGUUAAAGAUGGUGAACGCCAGCAACAGACAAGUGCAUACAUUGUGGUUGCUGUGACUUUGAGUGUUUUGUUGUUGAUCUCUGCAAUUGCUGCUGUCUUAUGGAAGAGACAUCGCAGGCGUCACUACAAUGUGGAAGAGUUUUCUGCCCUGACCUACGCUAAUCCCACAUAUCAGAAGUCAAGUACAGAGACAAUCAACGCAGAUGGUCGGCUUACCAGACAUGAUGUUCAUUUCUGCUACAGUACCAGCCAUCAGUCACUGACGCGAAUCCCAUUGAGACGAUUGCUCUUGUACAUCCUUGUACUGCCAAUCUGUGAGUUGAUUGCUUUUGUGUGUCCUCAUACUGCCAUGAAGCUCACAUAUAUCGUACCUGAUCGAAGAAAGAAGUCAAAAUACACUUCAGCAGAAACUAGAAAGGAAAGUGAAUCAAACCAACAGCCUGCACUGUCUAUGACUCGAUCCGGGUAA